AACCAAAUAUCUGCCCAAGUACGGGUUCUGAAACUAGUACUUCUCAGGAUUCCGGAGAAACCUUACAUUCCUGGCUACUUAUCAUGAGAUCUAGACUUGCUAGUAGUGCCCGUUCUACCCGAUCCACCGUUGUCCCAGCCGGCAUCUUCGUUCAAGCCAACACCCUCCCAAACCCCCAGUGGGGAUGUAGACUCCGGUGUGGGCCCAAAAGGCGCAAGCCACUCCUGUAUGGAAGAGGUAACUGGGUAUAGUACUCGGAAUAUGUGCGUGCUGAGUCCCCGAAUUGAAUGCUAUCCGAGUAGAGGGCCGACAUCCAGACAUUACAACCCAGAAACGACAAGAUGAAUCUAAAGCAUCUCUAAGGCAAAAUCAACAACUCCAGCAGAUCCACAGAAGCUCUGCUGGGAAGAUGAGAGUUCUGCAAAAAGGUUAUGGGGGAGCUAUGGAGAUAGCUAUGAACGCGGAAGCGGAUCUUGAGCACAUGAUGAAAUUA